UAAUUCACAUUUCACACCCGCGAAAACCAUCGAUGUUCUCCAUCUUCUCCACCGAAACCCUAGAUCUCUUCUCCGCUUUCUCAUCGAUCUCUUCUCGUCUUCACUCCAUGGCUUCCCCUUAUCUCCUUCUCCUCCUCUUGAUCCCUGUGCUGCCUCUUAUAUUCCUUCUUGUUCUCGCCUUCUUGGCGCGGCCACGGCCGGCGAAGGUUCCGGUGAAGGGACGGCAUGUCUUCAUUACCGGAGGAUCGUCGGGGAUUGGGCUAGCAAUGGCGCUGCAGGCGGCGUCGGAGGGGGCUCGUGUGUCUAUUUUGGCGCGCAACCAGGCCAAGCUUGAAGAGGCCCGCGAUACCAUUCGGCUCGCCACUGGAAAGGAGGUCACCAUUCUCAGUGCUGAUGUGCGGGACGCUGAGUCUGUCGCGAGGGCCAUUGAGGAGGCGGGGCCAAUUGAUAUCCUAAUUGCCAACCAAGGCGUUUUCAUUCCUCAGGAGCUUGAACUGCAGGACAUGAAGGAAAUUAGGUUCCAAGUUGAGGUGAAUCUCAUGGGCACGUUUCAUCUCAUCAAGGCGGCACUUCCUGGGAUGAGGCAAAAUACUAGGAAGACGGGCCUGCCGGCGUCCAUUGCCAUCAUCUCAUCUCAGGCCGGACAGGUGGGUGUUUAUGGAUACACAGCUUAUUCCGCAAGUAAAUUUGCUCUUCGUGGCUUGGCGGAGGCCUUGCAGCAUGAGGUUAUCUCAGACAAAAUUCAUGUCUCCCUUGUGUUUCCUCCUGAUACAGAGACUCCUGGUCUGGCUGAAGAGCAGAAGAGAAGACCAGAGCUUACCAACCUGAUUGUUGCAUCUUCAGGCGGAAUGAAGGCUGAUGCUGUUGCUAAGAAGGCCCUUGAUGGCAUCAAAUCUGGAACAUUUAUUGUUUCAUGCAAUUUUGAAGGAGUCAUGCUAGCUAUAGCAACUGCUGGUUUGUCACCACAGAGUUCUUACCUGACAGCAUUUUUUGAGGUGUUUGGUGCAGGUUUUAUGCGCUUUGUAGGUCUGUGCUUCCAGUGGAAUUGGUUUACUAUCAUCGAGAAGUUCAAUGCAAAAAACAACAGGAGCUAAGUUAUUUGCAGUGUGGGGGUUACCUUCUUUGCAAGUUACAUGUGUUGUUCAACAUCCAAAGCAACUGUCUGCCUAUGUAAUUGGGUUAUGUAAUGCAUUGUAAACAAAGUAAUAAUUUUGUCUUAGUCUAUUCAAUAAUAAGGUUAUAGCUUUGUGGGAUUCUCACUGCAGGCUUAGCUCUGUCUUCAUUUUGGACUUGAAUGUAUAUUGUAACGUGAUAUUAUUUUCACUUCCAAUAACUUAUGUUCUCAGAA